AUGCAAUCAAUGGAACAAUUACGUCCAGAAGAAUUAGUAGGGCUGGUAGCCCGGUCAGCAGAGGGUACAGCUGCAAAGGGUAUGCCAAUCAAGGGCAACGAAGAUCUUUGGGUCGAGAUUCAAGCGAAUACCUUUAGGAACUGGGUCAAUGAGCAUCUGAAGCACGCGGGUGACGCCGGAGGAGGACCGGUUUUGGACUUGGCGGAAGAUUUUCGCGACGGAACGCGUCUUUGCGCUCUCGUUGAAGUCCUCACCAAGCGACGGCUUCCCAGGUGGAAUCCCCGGCCCGCGAACCAGCACCACCACCUGGAGAACGUGUCAACCGCCCUGCAGGCCAUCGAGGCCGACGGCGUCAAGCUCGUCAACAUCGGUAAUGUAGACAUCGUUAAUGGAAACCUUAAACUGAUUCUUGGAUUAAUAUGGUCACUUAUUGUUCGCUACCAAAUUGGAAAAUCAAAAUUCCCACCGCGUAAACUCAUGCUAGCUUGGCUUAAGGCAGUAUUACCAGAAUGCCGUGUCAAUAAUUUUACAACAGAUUGGAAUUCGGGUGUUUAUUUAAGCGCAUUAUUAGAUUACUGUAAGCCUGGUUUGUUUCCUCAUUGGCGUCAAUUGGAUCGUACUGAUAGCGUUUACAACUGUCGAAAAGCUAUGGAAAUUUCAAAACGUGAAUUUGACAUCCCAGUAGUAUUAGAACCAGAAUAUCUAGCCUCACCAUAUCUCGAUGAGCUCUCAGGGAUGACAUACCUGUCUUAUUUUAUGAAGGAAGGUUCUCCAGGUUUCUAUGCAACACUACGUUGGGUUAAUUCACAAUUAACUCAUGCUCCUGUCAGAAAUUUUACGACUGAUUGGAACGACGGCCGAGCACUGUGCAGCAUAGUCAGAAAUCUUGGUGGUCCAGCGCCGACGUACGACAAAAUAAAGACCGACCCCAAGUACUGGGAGUCGAACCUCCAGCAGGGAAUCGACGGGGCAAAAAAGUUGGGCGUCGAGCCUAUUCUGAAAGCCAAGGACAUGGCAGACCAAAACGUAGAGCACUUGGGAGUUAUGGCUUACGCGGCCCAUUUCCAGUGGGUAAAACCUCGUCCUCAGGCCAGCGAGCAGCUCGCAGUCCACGUAGACAGCACUUCUGCCCGCGUUCAGCAGCCAGCGAUAUUCCGUUUGGAGAUGCUGUCGAAAGAAGUACAUCCACGUGAAGUUCGUGGUGAGAUAAUAAGUCCAAGUGGGAAAAUAGAAUGUCGUCUCACUUGGAAUGGUACACACGGCAAGGGUACAUUUGUACCGACCGAAGUAGGAAUGCACAAGUUGAUGGUGUACAAUGAUGGGGAGCUCGUCAAUGGUUGUCCCUAUUACUUCAGGGUUUUACCUCCGUUAACGAAAAUAAAAUCCCCCGGCAUGGAGCCAUGCGCUAUUGGCUCUAUUGUCGAGGUUCUAGUCAACAGUUACGGAACUAGUCAUGACGGCAUUGACGUGACAGCAUGGUCACCAACAAAUCGUUCGCUUCCCUGUCCGGUAAAAGAAAAUAGCGGAGUGCAUACCGCGACAUUUCAGCCUGAUGAAACCGGUGAAUGGAGUAUCGCUAUUACGCAUAAAGGUACACACAUACAAGGCGGUCCAUUUACUUGUUUCGUCUUUGAUCCAAAUGGUAUCAAGCUAAUGGAUACAGAAGGUGCAAUACCCGGCCAACCAUUUUCAUUCAUAGUCGACGCGACGGGUACAGGUGGCCUGGGAGACGUCAACAUCGACAUAGUCCAUGACAAGCAAUCGGUACCAUUCCGAAUGGAAGAUAUCGGAAGAAUGCGCUACCGAGUGUUUAUGGUCCCGCGCGAAGCGGGAAAAUACCGAGUAUACUUAUACUUCAACGGGUCUGACGUUCGCGGCUCGCCGAUAUCAAUCCGAGUAGGCUCUCACAAGAGCAGAAGGUCUAAAGAAGCCUCAUCUAGCUACGAGAGGUCAAAAGUUUCUUCUCUAGAAAAAAGAAUGAACGGGCUGAACGUGACCGAUGGGCAAAAACGACACUCGCCAGUCUACAAGAGUUCCUCGCAGAGUCCUACUCAAAACUACCGGGACUAUCAUCACCAGUCAUACAAAUCAAAUUAUGUGACUGAGAAUUCAAACUCGUAUCAGGUACCGAGUCCUUUGCAGGCUUCGAGAUCUCCUGUCCAGAACUCAAGUCCUUCGUUGAUCAAAGAGUCUCGGGAAAUUUACUCCUCGACGACGUUCAACCGCUCAAGGUCCCCGGUGAAUGUUGCACAAAGCCCCAGUUUGAUCAAGGAGUCCAAGGAUGUAUAUGCUUCUAGCUCGCUCAAGAGAUCACGGUCUCCUAAUUUACGAGACUCCCACACCACAGCUUCCAGUAGUGUUAUCAAAGAGUCCAAGGAUAUUUAUCAGUCGAGUACGUUAAAUAGAUCACGGUCACCAGCUGUCAGUCCUAUUAAUCGCAGCUUUAGUCCCAGGGUCAAUGGAAAAGAUCUUGGGCGAAGACGUGGAUCUGCUGAUAGUGGAGUCAUUGACACUAGCAGCAAUGUACGAGUAUCGUCAACUUUGGGAGGAACUCCAAGGAGAGACUCCUGGGACGCGAUAGCUAAAACGAAAGCCAUGCUGUCUUACGGAAGCCUCGAGUCAUUGGCAAACCUCGCGAAUUCGGGAACCGAGCACACGAAUUUUGUAAACGAGGGAUACCGCAACGGCUACAACAACUACUCCUCGACAACGAACGUCGAACGAACGGUAGAAAACUCAAAAAAUUACACAACUCGUUUCACUAGCGACUACAGAUCUUCAUCGCCCAAGUACAAUGGCAACCACACCAUGGAGAACGGACGUAGUCACACCCACGGUAUCUUGAAAAAUAGAAACAACAACUAUUACAAAUCCACCGACACUACGGACAUUAUCCACGAGCGAUUAAUCAACAACGAAGAGUUUAUGAACACGACGGAACGUCGUAAAGGUUGCUUAGCUUCUGGAACAGCGCUUGAUGUUCUGCCGCUUCAUAAGCCCGCUUCGUUUACUCUCGAUCCAAGUGUCGACGGCAGCAAGGCUAUUGUUACUGUAACUGGACCCCGGGGUAAACAAAUAUCCUACAAAAAAUCAACUCUUCGAGGCUAUACGUACACAAUAACUGCUGAAGAAGUUGGAGAACAUACUAUUCAAGUCACUGUUAAUGGUCAACACAUUAAAGGAUCACCUUUUAGAUCUCAAGCUUACGAUGCAGCUGCAAUCCAUGUAGAUAAUGUACCAGACGGAGUAGUUAAUCAACCUGUUGAAUUUGAAAUCGACGGUUCCAGAGCUGGCUCAGGAAACUUAGAAAUUCUAGUAAACGGUGGGCAUGUAACAAGUUUCGUAAAGGCCCUGGGUAGUCAUAGAUUUUUAGCGUCAUUUGUACCUCAUGAGGCAGUAACUCAUCUCGUCGAGAUGACUUUCAAUGGCGAAACUGUGCCAGGAUCACCUUGGAGAGUUAACGUAAUGCCUGGACCGAAGAUGUCGGUCUUGGGGGACUCAGUAAGGCUAGUACCUGCUGGUACUCCGGCCUUAUUUGAACUCUCUGCCCUUGGUUUUACCAGCAAAGAAAUAGACGUGCAGAUAAUAACACCAUCUAAAAGACACAUAACAGCACGUGUUGAUGAAGAACCAGGGCGCACAGGUGAAUUCCGGGUGGAGUUUACGCCAACAGAAGUGGGUAGUCAUCUGGUGGAGGUGAGCGUCGCGGGACAAAAGCUACCGGCUGGACCCCUCAUCGCAAAAGUCUAUAACAGCAGCCUCAUCCAAGUUACUGACGUACCCAGUGCCGUUGUUGGACAUGCCUGCCAAUUUAGAGUUGACGCUAGCGCUGCUGGCGAAGGCCAGUUAGAAAUAUCGAUAAACGAAGGAGAAGUGCCAAAUCACGUCCAAGUAGUAGGUGGUGGUCGUUGCCUCGUGUCAUUUACGCCUGAAUCAGCCAAGCCUCAUUACAUAGACAUUAAAUUCAACGGCGAAGCUGUGCCAGGUUGCCCUUUUGUCUGCAAUGUUUCCGAUACAAGUCGGGUGAUUCUUAGCUUAAAUCACUUGGAAUUAAUACCCGUCGAUCAACCGGCCAAUUUUCAUAUGGCUGUUGAUGGUAGUGGAAGUGCUGAACUUGCUGUUUCUGUUCGUGGACCAACGAUAGAAUUACCAGUAAAAGUAACAGGAAAUAUUCACAGUGGAUUUACCGCUGAAUUUACACCUCGCGAUGUUGGUGUUCAUUCAAUAAGCGUUGAGUACAAUGGUCACCCAGUAAACGGGACUCCGUUUCUAGCAAAGGCAUUUAAUGCUGAUAAAGUAUUAAUCGGGCCAGUUGCUAGAGGAAGCGUCGGUCAACCAACGCAUUUUACUGUGGACGCGAGUCAAGCAGGCGAAGGUAAUCUUGAGAUAACGAUAUCAGCUCGGGGGCAAAACAUACCCACGCAAGUAACUCCCCAGGGCAACGCACGUUUCUCUGUGAGCUUCGUGCCAUUCGAGGCGUGCGAACACGUGAUAAACAUCGCGUUCAACAAACGAACCGUCCCCGGGUGCCCGAUAGUCACCCGGGUCGGUGGGGACAGCCAUGUCACUGUAAGUGGUCAGGCAUUGAGUAGCGCUGGCUUGGGACGUCAGAGUCAUCUGACUGUCAGCAAUGUUGCCGGUAGCUUGGAAGACUUAGAAGUUAACGUUGAAGGACCCAAUGGACAGGCCGUACCAGCGCAAGUCACCGACAACAAAGACACAACUUGCACUGUUGCAUUUACGCCUCGCGUUGUCGGUGAGCACAGAAUAGCUGUGAGCCAUCGUAAUAUUCCAGUUGUUGGUAGUCCGUUUAGUUGUAAAGUUUACGAUGUCACGGCUAUCAAGGUCAAGGAUGCCAAGAGAGGAGUUAUUGGAAUGCCAGUUACAUUUUUA